AUGACAGGAAGCCAAGAACAGUUGAGUCAACACGAUAACGGGCUAGGAGCCGACCUAAGAGAUCAGUUGAAUCGAAGAAACGCCCGAAGCCGGGAAAAUGACGCGACACCGCCGCCGAAUCCGCGGAUAAAUCCACAACCAGCCGCGGUGCAGCUCACCCCGGAUCAGCUACAAGCGAUUGGACGCGCUUUCGCCGAGGCGAGCCGGGGAAUGCGGGAGCAAUCCGCUACUCGGAUACCGCAACGAGACCCCCAACCGUCGCGGAGGCCAGACAAUCGACAAUCCGCCCGCCGGACUGAGAGUCAACCGGCCCAGUCCGUUCAUUCUCGGUUGGGUCCGGGUGUGGAACGACGGUCGGCGAGAGAACGGCUGGGACGAAGGGAACCCCUUCGCGCCCCGUUAGAAACUCACGGUCGACAGAGCGCGCGUGAGCGUAACCGUGCAAGGAAAGCCCGGACGGUGGCUCGCCGCUUAGAGCAGCCCGCCCACGACCAUGAUCAACCUGACGAGUCAGAGGUCGGCGAGAGCACGGAAUCGACAGGAAACCGCGCCCAAGAGAGGGUCGAGGUGGCAAAUCUAGUCCAGGAAGUACGAAAUCUAAAAGAACAGGUGGAAGGAAAAGCCAAGGCCCCUGGCCGAACGCUGCUGACCGCGUUACCCUUCUCGGCCGAGAUCAUGGCCUUCAAGAUACCGGGCGACUUCAAGUUCCCGGAGCAAGCCACGUUCAACGGGUCGGGAGACCCGCGAGAACACCUACUGAGCUACCAAGCUAAGAUGCAAGUUUUAGGGGUACGGGACCCGGUCAUGUGCCGCGCCUUCUUACCCACGCUAAAGGGGUCCGCACAGAGGUGGCUCGUGGCGCAACCCCCAGGGACGAUUCACAGUUUCGAGGAGCUAGCAGAUCGCUUCAUGAGCCACUACGCCGCCAACAUCAAGCCACAGAAGGACCUGACGCACUUAGUCGACAUCCACCAGGACGAGGGCGAGUCCUUAAAAACCUAUUUAGCCCGCUGGCAAAAGGAGAUCCAGUCGAUAGAGGAAGUGGAGGACCAAACGGCACUCACUUUCUUCAUCGAGUCUUUGCGGUCCGGCCAGCUGUACCGAGACCUAAGGGACAAUCGCCCGGCAACGUACGUGGAAGCUAUCCAGAUGGCCAACAAGAGAGCCAACACGGAGCAGGCCAUGAAGCAUAAACGACAACGCGAGGUCGGCGGGUCCGCCAGCGGGAAAAGGACGCGGGCCGAGACGAAGGAAAGGCGUUCGGAUGUGGCCCGGCGACCCAAUGUUAGGCGACCGUACGACCGCCCCAUCGUCCACGCCUAUCGACCGGUUCCGGAGCGGCCGGUCCACGAAAUACAAGCAGUCGCCCCACCUCCGCCUCCACCGAUCGACGACCGCGUAACAAGUGAGGAGACUGGUAAGGCUUCUAAGUACUGUCAUUAUCAUAAAUCUUAUACUCACAGCACGGAAGAAUGCUUCUAUCUAAAGAAGAUCAUAGAGGGGAUUAUCCAGCAAGGGACCCCGCCCCCUAAUCAAUGGAGGCGAAGGUCGGCCAGUCGAGGAGAUGAGGGACUUGCCGCCGACGCAGAGAACAGCCGAGGUAAGCAGCCGGCUUCCGAAGAGGACGAAGCCCAAUGGCGCCAGAAGCCGGUUAUCAACAUGAUAGUCGGCGGACCGGAGGGCGGCGACUUGGCAAACACCCGAAAAGCCUGGGCUCGGCAAUUGUAUGUCGGGACGGUCUACGGUCGCGAAGAGAGCACCAAAAAGGUAUGCCGAGAACCCAUCAUGUUCACCGAUAGGGACCUGCCAGCCGGAGAGACCCCGCAUCGAGAUGCGUUGGUCAUUGCUAUGGACAUCAAUGGAGUAGUCGUUCGCCGAAUCCUGGUUGACACCGGGAGUAGCGUCAAUGUGCUAUACCUGGAAACCUUCAUCAAAAUGGGGCUAACCCGAGAGCAGCUGAAUCCUGUCAAAACCCCUCUCGCCGGCUUCACCGGGGACUCGGUGGAGGCAGAAGGGUCGAUCACCCUUCCCGUGGAGAUUGGCAGUUACCCGGAUGUACAGAAGUUAAGCAUGAAGUUUAUCGUGGUAAAUCUGGCCUGCUCACAUAACGCCAUACUCGGCCGUCCGGGUUUGGAGGACCUCGGAGCCCUAAUCUCAAUCGAACACCUGUGCUUGAAGUUUCGCACGCCGAACGGAAUAGGAACGGUACGUUGCGAUCGCAAGGCCGCCCGCGACUGUUAUUUACAAGCAUGUAGAGGGAUGGGCAAACGUGAGAUGCAGGUCCACGAGAUUACCGAGAGGCCCCCUAGGAAAACGGUGAUACCUCGCCCCGAGCCGGCCGUCGAGCUAGAGGAAGUCGAGAUUGACCCCACACAGCCUAGUAGGCGGGUGAGAAUUGGGGUCGGCCUUCCUGAGAAACUAAGGGGGGAAAUCGUGAGAGUGCUUCAGGAACAUCGAUUGGUUUUCGCCUGGGGCCCGGAGGAUAUGCCCAGCGUCGAUCGGUCGGUUAUAUCACACCGACUCGCCGUGGAUCCGGAGCACCGACCGGUCGUACAGAAGAAAUGA